AUGCUUUCCAACACUCUCCUUGCUCUUGCGCUCAUCCCCGCCUCUCUCGCCCACUUCACGCUCGACUGGCCCAAGGCCCGUGGCUUCGACGACGACAAGGAGCCCGACUUCCCUUGCGGCGGCUUCAACGAUGUCUCGUCGCAGCGCGCAGACUUCCCCAUCAGCGGCGGCCCAAUCCAGCUGAACAUGGGCCACGAGCAGACCAACGUCGCCGUGUACCUGGCAAUUGGCGACAACCCCGGCAACGCAUUCAACGUCGUGAUGCGCCAGCAAUUCGUCGUCACCGGGCUGGGUGAUUUCUGCAUGGGCCAGCUCAGCGUGCCCGCUGGUGUGAAUGUCACCGAUGGAACCAAGGCGACCAUCCAGGUUGUGUCGAAUGCGCACGGAGAGGGUGGAUUGUACCAGUGCUCCGACGUCACUUUCCGCUCCAACUCUCUCUCCCAGUCCGACUACGACAGCCACUGCAAGAACAACACUGGCAUCGCCGUCUCCCAGCAAGGCAUGUCCGGCAACCCCAACGGCACAUCGAGCGGCACACCCAGCUCUUCUGGCAGCGCGGCUGCUUCAUCUCCUACGGGUGCUGCAUCGCACGUCAAGGCUGCUUCGUGGCUCAUGGGCGCAGUCGGUGCGGCUGGUCUCGCCCUGUUGUAG